CUUUUCGGGAAUGCUUCGAGACUUUCAAAAGCUAGCGGCGUUGAAUCGUGGGCCUGACAACCUCCCAGACCGUGGCACACUACUUGUGGGCUAGUGUCUGAGAAUGACUGGUCAGCUGGCUGUGGGUACAUGUGAAAUAGUUACCUUGGACAGAGAUAGUAGUCAACCACGGAGAACAAUAGCCAGACAAACAGCACGAUGUGCUUGUAGGAGAGGACAGAUUGCUGGUACAACAAGAGCCAAGCCAGCCUGUGUGGAUGUUCGAGUUGUAAAGAGCAAGCAGUGGUGUGAAAUGAUUCCCUGUUCAGAAGGAGAAAUCUGUGGUUUAUUAAUGAACAAGUCAGGCUGGACCUGCACGCAGCCAGGUGGUCGAAUAAAAACAAUAACGGUUUCCUGACACAUGCAUCAAAGGAGAGAUCCUUACCAAGGCAGCUUAUCCUGUGUGUGCCACUUACCUCAAAAAAAUGAUUUCGCUGCUGUGAGUCCCCAUCUGUUGUCUGUCACUCUGUACGUUCAAGCUACACUGUGGGAUCAAUGUUUUCUCCAGCAUGGUACUAAGCCUGACAUGUCCAGCUGUUAAAUGCACAAGCCUAGGAGAUGCAGACGCCAGAGCCCCACAGGAGCUGAGGCAACUUCUCCCUUUAUGGACCUAUUGCUGUCAAAUGACUAUUCCCUUCUGGUGAAAAUUGUCUUGCGGAUGGUCUGAUUAUUUUCACUUAUGGUCCCUUGAUAAACAUUGAACUUAUUACAAGUCGAACAGCGAGGGGAAAUAAAAACUCUAGUGGACAAGAACAAUAUAUCAACAUGAUGGGAAUUCAUCUGCCUUUUCCUUCAAGGCUUCAAACUAAAGACCAAAGAAUGAAAGAUCUGUGCAGCAGAUGAAGAAAAUGGGAUUGUUCAACGAUCCUUUAAUAAUUAUAAUUGCUUGCAGUUUUCUGUAAAAAGGUCUGCAAUGCUUCUAGAAGAAGAAGCUUUUCAAAUAAUGGGGACGCAUCACACAGGUGUGGCUAAUGCACCAUUCUUGAUGGAGAAGUUGAAGCUGGGAUUUGCAAUGGCUUAAUUACGCUGAAGAACUAAAUAGCACAUGAACAUAAACAAUGAGAACGGAUUUACACUGGCAUAGAAGGACCUCUCAUGCUCUGAGGCACAUGCUCAUGCGUUUUUGUAAUAUCCUGCAGUUUUUGUGCUCUAUCUUGUCAUAUCAUACAAUUGCAGAGCAUUAGGCAAGCUCUUGUCCGUUUGUCCAGGCCUGUGAUCUAUUAGACAUAUUGCGGAAUCCGAUUACCUGAGCGCAUUUCAAAAAUGGCAUUUUUUUUUCAAUUUUGAAUGUGGCAUUCAAAACAAGUUUAUCAUUCAGUGUGUUUAGAGAAAAAGAUCCUAAUUUGUAAACCUCUAACAGAUUUUGUAUGUUGUAUCUUUGUAGGAAGCCUAUUUAACUGUGUCUGUGCUCAUCAUGUAAGGCCUGCAAUGCCAUGAUGGAAAGCUGUGAUGUGAAUAGAGUACAUCUCAUGCUGCCAAAUAAAGCUGUUACUUUACUG